AACGCGCGAGCCUUAUCCGCACCCACGCCGACAUCCACGCAGCAAAGACGGGAGGAUGAUGCUGCGCUCACCAGAUGCUAUAAAUGUCGAGCCCCAUCGGUCACCGGUGAACCACGACACACAAGGCUAGACUUGCAAGGUGGAAGUUUUGGGCAAUGGCGGACAUCGCGCUGCUGGUGGCGGAGGACUUCGAGAAGAGCAGCAAGGCGCGCUGGGAGAAGGCAGACCAUGGGGUGAGGCGAGAGGAGUGCUUCCACUUCCUGGCUUCUUUCACUGUUUCGGCUCUGGGGAGGAAGGCCAGGGAGGAGGUCUCUGCCUUGAAGGAGGUGGGGAGGGCUCUGGAACCAAGGAGCUCCUUUGGCUUGGCUGCCUUUGAUGGCGCCUUCUCUGCUUGACUUGGUGGCUUCCUUCCCCAGAUUGUUGUGGUUCCUGCUACGGAUGCUCUUUCUUUUGACUAGAAUCAUGUACAUAUAUAUGUACCUGUCCUUGGUUGUUGAUCUUGGUAUUGUUGGAAGAUCAAAUCUUGGAGGGGAAAUGUAACGAUCCUACUCUGUUGUCUUCUGGUGAAUCCGAUCUCUGCCAGGACAACCAAGCUGAGGAUCACUACGAACUUCCGUUCAACGUUACGACAUCCAAAUCGAGGAUCAAAGGACCACAAUUUAGUCUCUAGUAAUCGUAUUCUUUUCGCACAAGCUUGCUGAUCCUUUUGGUCAUAGGGAAAAGAAGACGAGAUUGGUCAUCCACAAAAAGCCACAAUCAGAUUGGCAGAAAUAUACCGAUUUGGUGGUUCAUAAGCUGCCAUUGCAGACGCGUGAGCAGGAAACUGAAGUCCUAUCACAAAGAUCCCUUGACUACCUGCUGGCGGGAUGCUGCUGUAUGGUAGCUUAUCAAAGUGAAAGCAGAGGAUGAAAUGAUCAACCGGGAUUUAGUCAGCUUCGGGCCUCACCUUAUCAUGCUGACAACCAAACGAAUACCUGAGCCAAGCAUCAAGUCCUCUUCGAGAUCACAUGUUGUUUCACGGAUUGGUUCAUCGGAAAACACAGGUAGUUCCUUGCAGCAGCAUUAAGCUGAAAUGAUACUGUUUUUGCCUUGUGCUGCAAGCUUAAAUGGCCACCUCUUCUUCGGGGAAUGGUGGGUAAUAGAUUCACGGCACGGAUUCAGUUUUCUCGAAGAAUUCUUCAACAGGAAUUGUAUGACACUUGGGCUGACCACAAAUAUCCAAUUCAGUGAUCAAAAUCUGGCUUUUUGUUGCACACUCUCCCAAUGUAUCCACACUAGCUUUUGUCCCCAAAUCCAUUGCAUCUAACACUGAAAUAGCUGUUGUGGCAUCUUGAACUUUUAAUCUCUUGCAUUAUCUUCCAAUUCUCCUGUUGGAUCCUGCCUGCACUCGAUUGCCAUCAACAUGAAAGUAUGAAUCAGUGCUUGCAGAUGCAAUCUCAUGAAAGAACCGAUCUGUCGGCGGGAGAACAACUCGCCCGAGCAAUCAGCUAUCGAAGGCGAUGGAGAACUCAGUAGAGGGGCAGAUGGAAAACCCUAAUUCCAGAACAGAAUACGGGCAUUAGACCAGCACGAAACAGAACCCAGCAGGAAAGAGAUCUCGGGAGAAGAUUCCGAACCGAAAAGAACACCCAAGAUAAAAAUAGGGCCAAAAGAAGAAGGAAGGAGGAGGAAAGGACAGAUUGAUCGCGAAGAGAUCGCCCGCCUCGGCAGAGGGACUCCGAGUAGCAGAGAGAUGAGGAGACUCGGGAGGGGGGAAGAAAGGAAGGUGCGGUGGUUUAACGGAUCCCAAAACAUGAUUCAUAUAUGACACUCAGAUCGGAUUCGGGUUUUAUGUGUUAUCGGAUCCAAAUAUGGCGCCCGUAGUUCGAGUCGUAGUUAUUCCUUUUAAGUUUCCCGUAGUUCCUAAUCCCAAAAAUGCCACCUUUGACGCCCCAAAUGCUACUCCGCCGCCGCCUCUUCUCCGCCGCCCGCCACUUCUCCUCUUCCGCGCCCUCCGGCGGAGUUGCCGCCGAGUCGCGGACCCAGAAGCUCGAGCGAAUCGCCGAUGAGCUUCUUUCUCUGACUAAGGAGGAGCGCAAUGACUACUCCAUCCUCUUCCGCCUCAAGCUCGGCCUCAAUCAAUUGGUUCAGGCCGGGGGCGGCUUGCCCUCGGCGGGGACGGGUCCAGGUGUCGAGGCCGCCACCGAGGAGAAGGAGAAGACUGCGUUCGACAUCAAGCUCGAGAAGUUUGACGCCGCGGCCAAGAUCAAGAUCAUCAAGGAGGUGAGGACGUUCACCGACCUGGGGCUGAAGGAGGCCAAGGAGUUGGUGGAGAAGGCCCCCGUGGUGCUCAAGAAGGGGGUGACCAAGGAGGAGGCGGAAGCGAUCGCCGCCAAACUCAAGGAAGUCGGCGCCACUGUUGCGUUGGAGUGAAAGACGAAGGAUGACAUUUAUGUUGCUGGAAUAAUGGAUAAACAGUGGUGGAUUUGCUCGACUCCGAGAUACCGAGUUUUUGUUGCCGACCAUGAGGACUUCAUAUUCUUUAACUUAGUCCAUUCCUUAUUCCUUGUUAAUGUACGCUACAUAAAAUGUUAACUCUUUGCUUAUUGCUACUGAAAUAUUGCCUUCAAUUUUCUUUUCCAAUGUGCUCUCUUGAUCUGUUCUAAAAGUUUGUGAUGAAAAUUAUGAUCUUCCAUCAGCAGUAUGCUCUGUGGACUGCAUCAAUUGGUUCUGAAAGGGAAGAUUUAGUAAGCAGAAACUAUGUUCUUCAUUUCAUGUGAGAAUGGCACAAGCUUCCACAAUUACAUUUAGCUAUGCCUUGCAGAAAAUAUUGAGAAAAAUCCUUAGAAGCAUCAUGCCUUGUAUAACUCAAGUGAAGUCUGCAGAUUUUGUUGCAAUUUCUUUGUUUACUCUUCUAAUUAUGUCAUUUUGUUGGGUCUCUGACAAGUGGAAAUGCAACUCCAUGUAAAAUUUAUGGCUGGUUAUUGUCAGCUAUCAUGCAUCAACUGUUUGUCA